CGAUUUUACUCUUACAUUGAGCACCUCCUUGGUUGUUCAUGCUUGUAUAAAUUACGCAAAACCAGUGAGCCGGUUAUCUGAGUGUUGGAACGAAGAUGGAGAAGUCGCAAAGAAUUCUGGUUUUACGCGCAAGUUUAAUUUUAUUCUUGCUUCUCCUCUCCUUGCUCUAUAUUGGCGAAUUCGGAUCACAUGUAGUUCCAUCAAAUCAAGCAAAGAAACAGAGAACGAAUUGGGAUGGGAGUCACAUAGAAGAUCAAGAGAACCUGCAUUUUCUCAUGAAAAAACUAGUUGAAGGAGGAAAUCAAACUGAUCAAGGGGAAGCCACUGGAUUUGCUUGCCAUUCGGACCUUCACACUGAUGUUUGUGUGUCCAAUAGACCAGUAAGGAUCGAUACGCUUACAAUGAAGGUUUAUGCACCAUUCAGUCAAGGUAUGCCCCAAGCGAAUCGCAUAAUCCAUCCAUAUCCGAAGAAGGAAGAGAAGUGGAUCAAUAGAUCGGUUUCAUCAUUGCAGAUACUUCAGGGAAACAUCUCGCCUCCUCUGCCUUGUCGUUAUACACAUAACGUCCCAGCCGUAGUUUUCUCAUCAGGCUUAUUCUCAGGGAACGUAUUCCAUGAUUUUAGUGAAUUAAUCAUUCCUUUGUUCCUCACAAGUCGCCACUUCCAAUCUCGCCUACACUUUAUUGUCACCGAUUUCAGACCAAUUUUCUUUGAUAAAUACAAGAAAAUUUUCUUCCAUUUGUCAAGCUAUGAAGUUAUUAAUCCAGCAGCAAAUGUAGGCGUUCAUUGCUUUCCUGGAGUAGUUGUCGGGCUUCACUAUCAUGACCAUCUUGCCAUAAACACCACCGCCAUCCCUAGAGGUUACUCCAUGCUUGAUUUCAAGCAGUUUCUCAGAGAAUCAUACAAUCUCAAGAUACGAGAUAUGUCACAGAUGGAAAAACCGGUGCUUGUUCUUAUAUCUCGACAUAAUUCAAGAAUGUUUCUGAACGAAGAUCAGAUGGUGACCAUGAUGAGGGCAUUGGGCUUCACUGUUGUCGUCACAAAGCCUGAUAUGAUGGCCAAUAUAGACAAAUUCUCAAAGAUAGUAAACUCGUGCAGCGUACUUGUUGCGGCCCACGGAGCUGGGCUUACAAACAUUGUCUUCUUGCCUCAAGGUGCUGUCAUGGUGCAAGUGGUGGGUCUGAGCCUAGAAUGGCCCUCAACAAACUACUACGGCAACCCAGCCACAGAAAUGGGUUUGAAUUACUUAGAGUACAAAAUCGAACCGGAGGAAAGCUCUCUCAUCUCUCUUUACGGAAGAGAUAACCCUAUCAUUACUGAUCCGCCAUCCAUAAGCGCCUCGCGAGGGAUGCUGGUUGGCAGGGCUAUUUACUUAGGAGAGCAGAAUUUUGACAUUAAUGUUACGAGGUUUAGAAACACUCUUGUCAAAGCACUUGAACUUAUUGGGCACUCAGCUCCUUCGGGUUGAAGAAAAGGUAGUAUUUUGAGAUCAAUGUUUUCUAGAAUUCCUUGAGAAUACAAUGAAGAGAGAAAUAGGAAUCUGUGUUAUUUGGAAGAGAGACAUGAUGAAACACAACUAUUAGUAAACUACUAAACUGUAAUUAAUACAGUUCUCCGUGUUGGUAUUCCUUUGGAAAUACACUUAAGUGUUCAAAUUGA